CUGCUGCUGCCUGGAGCAACUGACCCAGUGGCUCCUCCCCAGGGGUCUCUGCCGGAAACCCUGGUCAUGAAGAAAGAACAGAGGAGGGGGUGUCUGCCCCUGCUGGCCCCAGGAACCCAGCAUCCCUCUGCGGCCACAUCCGUCAUCAGCCACUCCUCCACCCGCGGCAUGGAACACGUGGCCUCCAAUCGCCUGUGUGCGCAGCCGCCAUGUGAGCCCCCCGGCUCGGGCAUGAAGAGAAAGCGCUCGGCACGUGGCAGAGAGGCCGAGGAGGAGGCAGAAGAAAAGGCCCUUUUCUAUAUGAAGGUCCAGGCCGUGAACGGCGUCUUGGUGGCCUGGGAGACCGGGGCCGGCUUUGAAGACAUUAGGAAGCGGCCUCGCAUUUUUAAGGCCAAGUAUAGUGGAGGAGAAAGCUUUGCCGGCUCGGACCUGAGCAGCUCCCACACCAAGUCCGAGCUGGGGGACGUGGACUCGGAGGCAGAGUGCGGCGUUGAGGGGCCGGCGGAGGAGGCGCCGCAGCAGCCGACGGGAGCACCCCCGGAGUGGCUCCUCACCAUCGAGCAGGGCCUGCGGUGCCUGGCCUGCUGCCGAGUCUUUCCCAGCCUGGAGGCCCUGACCCACCAUGUGAAGCAGGGGCUGCGCCAAGGCUUCAGCUGCCGCGUGUACUACCGGGUGCUGGGGCAGCUGAGGGCGAGAGGGAGGUCCCAGAGGAGAAGAGUCCUGUGCCCUUGGGAGUCGCAGAGAUCAAGGGAGUCGCCCCCUCAUCAGGACGUCUCUGCUGGGAGCCCUGAGGACACAGCGGAGGAGGGGGUCUCUGCCCCUGCUGGCCCCAGGGACCCAAGCCAGCAGCCCUCCACGGCCACAUCCAUCACCAGUCACUCCUCGACCCGCGGCGUGGAACCUGUGGCCUCCAACCGCCUGUGUGCACAGCCGCCAUGUGAGCCCCCCAGCGCGGGCGUGAAGAGAAAGCGCUCGGCACGUGGCAGAGAGGCCGAGGAGGAGGCAGAAGAAAAGUGGAUUUGUUUCAAAGAUAUUGUCAUCUGUGUAGAAGUUCCAGGAUGGAGCGAAUCAGGCAGAUGCUGAGGAGUAAGGCCGGGCAGGUGGCUCCAGAGUCGGCAGCAAACAUCAGCCAGGCUGCCCAGGAGGAGAGCGGCCCCUCUGUCCCCGCGGGCGGGGAAGAGGCUUGUGGCCAGUGGAAAGAGAGGAGCUGCAUCGCCUGCUGGAGGGGGAGGAAGACAACAGCUCCCCUAGCUGACCCUGAGGCACCUUCUGGGACAAAAUGGAGGUGGCCCCGGGUACAGCUGUGGAGGAGAGAGCCAGGGGAGGGCAGGAGCCGGGGAAGGCAGCUCUGGGGCUUCCUUCGCAGGAAGCCAAGGAGCCAGGAGCUGCGCCCCAGGGCCCAGCAGGAGCCGCCAACCACCAUGGCAACUGAGGGGCCCUGCGCCAGCCCGACCCUGGCCCCCGAGGAGCCUCCCGCCAGCACCACCCUGGCCACGGAAGAGCCUCCCGCCAGCCCCACCCUGGCCACGGAAGAGCCUCCCGCCAGCCCCACCCUGGCCCUGGAGGAGCCUCCCGCCAUUACCACACUGGCCACGGAGUAGCCUCCCGCCAGCCCAGAACAGGAGUUGAGCGACGGCGCGACAAA